AUGGCUGGUGGAUAUGAGUCCUACAGCGAUGCUGGCGAGAAUUUGGCCGAUGUGCGGGAGGACAGUCCGAUGAAGGAUGUUGACGAUGUUACAGUGGCUCAAAAACCUCGGUCUAGUAAGUUUGUUUUGAGUAAGUUUACCAUAUAUGAGGCGAAGGAUAGGAUGUAUGUGGUUGGGAGUAACAAGCGGGAGAGUAUGUUCCGGAUCAUGGAGAUUGAUCUCACUGUACCAUGCGAAGAGCUGAGUCUCUUAGAAGAUAAUGUUUUCUUCACUCGUAAUGAGGUUAUGGAUGUGCUCUCUAGAUUGGAGGAUGCUAGCAGUGAUGGUCUCACGAAAAUACUGACGUGCGAUGCUUUGCUCGGUUUUAUAAGGUUUACAUCUUGCUAUUACUUAGUCGUGGUGACUAAGAUAAGUCAGGUCGCGGUCAUCGGAGGACAUUCCAUUUAUCACAUCGAUGGAACAGAACUGAUACCGAUAAUGAGUAAGAAAACAUUUAAAACACCGGAGAGAAGCUCACCAGAAGCUAGACUAAUGAAUAUUUUUAAAGAUUUAGACUUGACCAAGACUUUCUAUUUCAGUUUCACAUAUGACAUAACAAACACAUUGCAGACAAAUUUAUUAAGGGAAAAAUUGAAAGCAAUUGGCAGGACCGACAUCAGUAUACCUUACGACAUAUUUGGUUACAAUGACAUGUUUAUGUGGAACAAUAACCUGCUUGAACCAGUUUUGUCAUGCCUUGAGAGCGUUUAUGACUGGUUCCAGCCAAUAAUACAUGGCUUCAUCGAUCAGGUCAACGUAUCUGUUCUGGGGAAAUCCGUGUACAUCACUCUUAUUGCAAGGAGGUCGAGAUUCUUCGCGGGCGCUAGAUUCUUGAAAAGAGGUGUAAAUAAUAAUGGCUAUGUGGCCAACGAAGUGGAAACCGAACAAAUAGUGGCAGAUAUGGUACUAACUGCGUUUCACAAGUCAGGUAUGGGUUAUUUUGAUAGUAAUAGAUAUACCUCAUUUGUGCAACAUAGAGGAUCUAUUCCUUUGUUUUGGACACAGGAAGCCUCAAAUUUAACUGCCAAACCUCCAAUUGAAAUUACUGUGAGAGAUCCUUUUUUUAGUGCUGCCGCCAUACAUUUUGAUAAUCUAUUUCAACGUUACGGCGGUGGACGGAUUGACGUUCUCAACCUGAUUAAGACGAAGGAAAAAGUGCCAAGAGAAACUAAACUGUUAAAAGAGUAUGAGGAAUGUAUAAAAUAUCUGAACUCACUGAUAUAUGAUAAUAAUAUGAUAUCAUAUACCUCUUGGGAUAUGAGUAGAGAAUCCAAACAAGAUGGUCAAGGUGUCAUUGAAUUUUUAGAAAGCUACGCUAUUGAUACCAUAACAUCCACUGGCAUAUUUCACAAUAGCAAAGACUUCAAAGGUACGAAGAUCCAACAAGGUGUAUGCAGGACAAAUUGUAUUGAUUGUCUAGAUAGAACAAAUGCAGCACAGUUUGUCAUAGGCAAGAGGGCAUUAGGAGUUCAAUUGAAGUCUCUGGGAAUAAUUGAUGAUUCUUUUCUAGAAUACGAUUCUGAUAUAGUAAACAUUCUAACAGAACUAUUUCAUGACCUGGGUGAUACCAUUGCUUUACAAUAUGGUGGAUCGCAUCUAGUGAAUACAAUGGAAACAUAUAGAAAGAUUAAUCAGUGGAAGUCCCAUUCAAGGGAUAUGAUUGAGAGUAUUAAAAGAUUCUAUAGUAACUCAUUCAUGGAUGCACAAAGACAAGAUGCUGUUAAUCUUUUUCUUGGCAAUUAUGUAUGGAAGGAAGAUCAACCGUCGCUUUGGGAAAUGAACACAGAUCAUUAUCUUCAUAACGAUUUUGGUCUUGAGGAGACGAAAAGAAGUUAUACUCAUUGGUGGAAUAAUCACCAUGUCAUUAAACUAGGAGAUCUGAUACGUAAUGAGGUAACCGAAAAGAAUAAUGAUAUUUCAAGAGCAAAUUUGAUAGCAAAUAUAAGAGGUUAUCCAGCUGCUUUUGAUAAUUAUUGGAAUGAAUACUACACGACCAAGGUAGUUACUUGGCUCCAUGAACUUUUUGCAUACAACAUGAAUUCUACUAGGCGAUAUCAUCAGCUUAAGAAAUAUUCAGGAAAGGAUUCUUCGCCAUUCAAAUCUCGAAAACAGAGUUGGAUUAACAAAAAGGUGAAAGGCAGUGUUAUUGAUAGCCCCAUAGAUCUUAAUUCACCUGAAGAUCGAAAGCUUGAUGUGAUUAAAGAUGAGAAAUGUUUAAGGAUAACAUCUACUGAUGAACUGCUCUUUGGUAACUAUCAACUGACUAGCUUAGUCAAUAAAAGAAAUCACAUUGCAAAUUUACUACAUGCAGAUGAAAUAUCAUUAGAAAGAGCUACUUCUACCGGCUACGAGGAUGAGCAUUGUUGCUCAACUAUUGAAGACAGGUUUGAAAUUGAAAGAUAUGGUAAUAAUGACAACCUUUAUUCAGUUAUUGAUAUCACCACCUCCAUCGGAUAUUAUAAAGAAAUUAGAGUAGAUUUUGAUUAUUAUACACGUCUAGGACAAGUUGAUAGAUACAAGGAGCUUGAGAACUACGAAACAUAUUUUGAUAAUCAUAGCUGGGAGCCUAUUAUGUAA